GGUGGAUCUUCUGUUGAUGUCGCGGAGUGAUGGCGUCACCAGAUCAGCUGACACGGUGCGGCAGACGCUCACGUGGUCUCGUCGUUCAGUUUCCGCAGAAACAACAUGGAGCGUCGCUGAGUCUCGCUGACCGAGAGGCUGAAGAUGUCCUGGCUGAAAGCUGCGGCCCUCAGCGCCGAGGACGUGUUCGACGAACAUGGCGACGAGUUGAAUCUCCAGAGCAAAGAGUGGAGCUCCAACAUGAAGAAACGAGUCAAGGAUGGGUAUGUGGACGGGGUCGACGCCGGAGAGGAGGCAGCGCUUCAGCUCGGAUUCAACCAGGGAUUCAAGGAAGGAGCCGCUCGGACUGUGGCCGUGGGUCGUCUCAAAGGAAUCAUCAGUGCUAUAUGGUGCUGGUGCCAGAUCGAGCAUCCGGACACCCCCGUCCCAGCCCGCGUGACUGAGCUCCUGCAGCGGGUGUCACAGCACGAAGACAAAAUCACAGAGGGCAUCAGGAAGGCCCUGGAGAAUCCUCCCCCCAGCGUGAGCGACGUCUCUGAGAGCAUGGAGGAUCUGGAGGUUAAGCAGGCAGAUCCCAGCUGCUGUGGGGACGAGGGGUGCGGAGAGGAGACGGACUGCUGCAGCAGAGUGGACAAAAUGGACCAGGACGUUCCUCAGCAGCCACAGAAGCUCUGCUCUGGGUCUGCUGACUGCUCGUCCUGCUCCGAUGAAGGACUGAGCCUCCUCCUGCAGAGCUGCAUGGACGUAGUGUCGGAGCUGGGACUCCCGCAGGAGCUGCUCAGUCACAUCCAGGAGCUGAAGAACAUGUAGUGAAGCUCAGGGACCAAACUCAGAGGACGAUACUUGAACUAUAAACUUUGUAAAAAAAAAAAAAAAAGUGUAAAUUUCUUACACUGCAAUUAAAUACUUUUGUUGUAUAUAAUUUAAAAUACAUAUUUUCAUUAA